UCCGGCAGUCGGCACCGUGACUGUGAGAUUGGGCACCAGAGGGCCUGCUGGGCCUUUCCACGGGGGGGCCCCGGUGAGGCCCCACAUGCUCGUCGACAGCGCCCUUCGGCCCUGCCCUUCAUUCUCGCUGUGGAGGGAAGAGGGCAGGCUGACAAACAGACGGUGGGUCCGUGAGGACUGGGCCUUGGUUCAGUGCUGGGAGGGCUGGUCCUGCCCGCUGUGCUUUCCCGGGCUGCUGAGAUGACGGGGGCAUCUCUCCUCCCUCCCGGCCCAUCUGCCGCUGCCCCAGGAGGAUGAGGGUGUCAGGUCUCCAAACGAGCCUUACCCAAUGACAGAGCCUCAGACCUGAAAGAAAUCGGGUUAAAGAGUCUCAUACAGAAGUUACUCUGAGCAACUGAAGCCCAUUUCCCAGAAAUGCAAGGAUAACUUCAAACGGCUGGUACAGCCCAAGUUCCCAGGGAGGAAACCCGUCCUCAGGAGGUACCCUGGGCGAGGGCUGGCCUGAUGGGCAAGGGCAGGAGGGAGCUGGGCGGGUGGCCAGGGCAGCAGGUCUGGGGUGGGGUGGGGACAGAUUCGCCAGCGUCCCCUCGGCAGCCCAGUUCUCAGCCUGCAUCAGCUGCUCCCGCUUCUCCUACUGCUUCGUUGACGUGAGCAGGAGUUGUGGGCCAGCUUUCAGGUUAGCGGCUGGCUGGUGUCCUCCCUGGGGGAGAGCUGGGAGCCAGGCUGUAAUCUGUCCCAUUAGCAGUUGGCAGCUCCCAGCCCGCUUUUUCACCUGGACCGGCUCCGUGCUGACAUCGCCGGACCCGCUGUGACGCUCCUGGAUGCGGGCCACGUGCGCUGUUCGCUCCCCCUUGCCCCGUGUGGGUGGCCUUGGCGCCAGCGGGCAGGGCUGAACCUCUCACACCGUGAAGCCUGUGACCAGCUCCAAGAACCGCUGCUCCCAGCGAGAGCCGCUCUGCUCCCUGGCGCGUUGCAAAGCACAGAGCUGUCGGGGAGCUGAGCCCGGCUCCAGCCCAGAAAACAGUCAUGAGUAGCCUGUGCUGUGAGUAAAUGUUCCCGGGGCUUGAGACACGAGCUGAAUGGAAUUGCGAUGGUCACACCAGCUACCUUUAACACACUCCGGGACAGGCAUUGGGCCAAACCCUUCGAACUCGUGCCCUCUCUUAAUACAACAGCCUGGGAAGGUAGAUGUUGGUCCCUUUUUACAGUUGGAUAAUCCUAGGGUCAGAGAGGCGAAAUAACCGGUGCAAGAUCACGCAGGCCACAUGGCAGAGCUGAGACCACACCCCGGAGCUCAGCUGCUCCCCACACCUGCUGGGCUGCACGACGACUGGACACGGAGCCGGCGUGUGCCCGGGGUGGGCUGCGGGUGCUAAGCCCACAUCUGCCGUGGAUUGUUCGUACAGAGCUCUGCACUUGUGGCUGCAGGGCUGCUGUGCUCCCGUCCACGGCCCGUCUGUAGCACAUUCACCAUCGCAGCUUCGGGCCUAUUUUCCACGGAGGCGCCUCUAGGUGCUUAACUUCCUCUGCCAGCUGCCUCUGCCUACUGUUUCCCAUUCCCGCUUUAAGACCGUCAGAGAAUACUGAAAACCUUGGCUGGGGCCACACGCGCCGCACCGUCCUUUUACUGCUCCUUUCUUCCCCAGCAUUUAUAUUAGAGAGCUGCUCCACUCACUGGAAAUUGCUCCCUCCCCCCGGGCCGGUCACUGAGCCGAGAUCAGGGCACAUGGAUAUGUAGAAACAGAUGUUUGGGGCUCCCAGUCCUGGUCUCUGUAAUCAGUGCGGCCUGGUUCCUCCUUCGGUUUUCAAGGGCCUUAGGGAGAUGCAGGACGGCCCAGCGGAAAGGGCACCGGACGAAGUAGAGGCUGAAGCUGCCCUGGUGCCUAAAGAGGUCCCAGCCUGGCGCUCAAAGGCAUGGUCUACACUGAGACCAAGGCCACCCGGUCCCUAACGCCCCAUGGGUUCAGCUGGUGGGACCUCGCCGACCACCUCCCAUCCGGCCGCCGGGAUCCCAUCGCUUCCCCCGGAUUCCAACGCUGCGUCCUCCCCGCCCCAACUCCGUGCCCCGGCACCCCUCCCCUUCCUCCCGCCGACACGGCGGCCGGGCUUUCCCGCCUCCCGGCCCCGAAUCCAAUCCCGGUUUCCCCGCCCCGCCCCCAGCUCUCGGCUGGGCCGCCCCGCGCGCCGUCACCGCCGCCGUCACCGCGCGUCGGCAGCAGCCCGCGCGCGCCCGGCCACGGGGCUCGGCUCCGGUGCGCGGCUCCGGCCGGGUAGGCGGGAGGGAGCCGAGGACAAUGCGCCCCGCGCCCGGCGCCCCCCGCGCGGCCCCGCCCCCCGCCCGGCUGCAGCCCCGGUUCCCGCGCGGCCGGAGCGGCUCGGGCAGCAGCAGCGGCGGCAGCGGCGGCGACACCGGCAGCAGCAGCAGCAGCAGCAGCGCGGGCGCCGAGCGGGAGGACGACGACGAGAGCGCCAGCAUCAGCAGGCCGCUGGUGCCCGCCGGGCCCCCGGGGAGCGCCGCCGCCUCCUGCGCCUCCACGCCCACCUCCCCGCGUAGCAUGACCGCCGCCGACCUGGGCGCGGGCGCCGUCGCCGGGGCCGUCGGGGGCGCAGGCGGCGCCAGCCCCGGCCCCUCCUGCCGUUUGUGUUGCUGCUGCUGCGGUCGCCGGGCUCGGCCGGGCCGCGGCGGUGGGCGCCGCGGCUGCACCCCCGGCCCGGGCUGUCGCUGGGGCUACCAGGCGCUGUCCGUGGCGCUGCUGCUGGCGCAGGGCGGCCUGCUGGACGUGUACCUCAUCGCUGUCACCGACCUGUACUGGUGCUCCUGGGUCGCCACCGACCUGGUGGUCGCGGCGGGCUGGGCCAUCUUCUUCGCCAAGAACAGCCGGGGCCGUCGGGGCGCCGCGCACACCCACCACCCGCACCACCCGCACGCCGCGCCCCUGCACCUGCCCGCCGCCCCCGCCGCCGCUGCCGGGGCUGCGGGAGCCAAGGCGCGCGGCGGCCGCGGGGGCGCGGGCGGCCUGGGGCCGGCGGGGGCGGCCGGCGCGGCCGGCGAGUUCGCCUUCGCCUACUUGGCCUGGCUCAUCUACUCCAUCGCCUUCACGCCCAAGGUGGUCCUCAUCCUGGGCACGUCCAUCCUGGACCUCAUCGAGCUGCGCGCGCCCUUCGGCACCACGGGCUUCCGCCUCACCCUGGCGCUGUCGGCGCCGCUGCUCUACUGCCUGGUGCGGGCCAUCGGCGAGGCGGGCGCCACCCCCGGCUCCGCGGGCCCCCUGCUCCUGCAGCCCCAGCGGCACCGCGCCGCCGGCUGCUUCCUGGGCACGUGCCUGGACCUGCUGGACAGCUCCGCCCUGGUGGAGCUGAUGCUGGACGGCCGCGCGCCGCUGCCCGCGCACCUGCGCUACCUGCUUCUCGCCGCCUACUUCCUCGCGCUCGCCUCGCCGGUGCUCUGGCUCCACGAGCUCCACGCCGCUGCCGCCUCGCCCCGGGGCCGGGCCUCGCGGCCGGGAGGCUGCAGCCGCCUGCUGCGCCUGCUGGGCGGCUGCCUCGUGGACGUACCCUUGCUGGCGCUGCGCUGCCUGCUGGCCGUGAGCUACCAGCAACCGCUCUCCGUCUUCAUGCUCAAGAACCUCUUCUUCCUCGGCUGCCGCGGCCUGGAGGCCCUGGAGGGCUGCUGGGACAGGGAGACCCCGGCGUUCCCGAGUCGGGCUCGGGCAGGCUACGGCGCUCCGCCCUCCGCCCCUUUGGUGCCGGGAGCCCCCCAGCUGGGCCACUGCAUCUCGGAGGACGAGGGGGGCGCCCACGGCUACGUCAACACCCUGGCUGUGGCGUCCCAAAACUGAGGGGUCUGGGGGCUUGCUCUGGAGUUGGGAGACCCCGCUCCCUGUCCUGCGACCUUCCCUCACCCAGACUGGAUCAGCCUCUGUUUGGGGGAGGUAACUGUAAACAGGGCUGAGAGCCAGCGCGCCCCUCUGAACCCCUUGGGUCAAGACUGCUUGGAAGGAGCCAGCCGCUAAGGAGAGGGAGGAGGGUCGCCGGCUCUCUUCUCCUCUCGACGCCCUUCCCCAAUCCUUCUCUCCAGGGGCGGGGCACCUCUGCUUCUUGCUUCUCCCACCUCCUCUGAUUCCUCUCCCUUGCAGGGCAGAAUGGAGGAAAGGGGGGCCCAGGGCCUUCGGCCACCCACCUUGCUUGGACGUGCCAGCUUCUUUUAGGCUGUGGUUAGUGGUCCUUGACCCACACCUUGAAAUGACCCAGAAUCCCAUGCUCCCCUGAUGUGUCCAUUGCAUUUCUUCCAGAUGGUAGAUGCAAAGUCUGUGUGUGUGUGUGUGUGUGUGUGUGUGUGUGCGCGCGCGCACAUGCGUGCGCAUUCACGCGUGUGUUGUUUCCUUGUGUCCAACCUGUGCCCCUCACAAUCAGUAGGAGAUCUGGGGUGGCCCGGUGCUCCCCACCACACACUCCUCAUUCCUACCUGGAUCUGUGGCCAUGAACUCCCAGACAGAGUUGGGCUCCUGGGGGCUGCCCAGUGGCCCUCCUCUGAGGGAGACGCUCACCCAGGACCUUCCUCGAUGCCACUCCUUUCCUCUCAGCUGGGGGGAGGGGAGGGUCCAUACUCCAAGGACCAAACUACACCUUUUCUUGGGUGUUACUACCUCCGCUUUCCACUUGUGUCGCAUCACACACUGAUGCUGCUUGCAAAAACUAAGGACAAAUACUCAGAUGUUGCAUUCAACGUGGCCACUGGAUCCAGCUGGGGUUCGGUGCCAGUGUUAUUACAGGGUCUGCGGAGGGUCAGCCAUUGGCCGCCCUCCCUCUCUCCCUCCAAAUGUGCCCGUAGCUCCUGUCCUUCCUGCAGCUGGUCGCUGGCUGGGUCAUCUUGGCUCAGAACGGCUUUGGUGGGGUUUCUGGAUAGAAAACCAUGUGAGCUGGGCCUCCCAUGGGCCCACAGGAGUAGGAAAUCCACCUCCCCACCUGUCCUUCCUUUAGGAAGCAUGGUAUACAUGAGAAAGGGCGGUGGUGACCGUUGUCCUCUGCUCUGGUCACGGGAGCCUCUAGGGAAAAGCAGGCUGCGUGGAGUAGGGUGGCUACGCCCCACCUGGCCCAGCCUCCCUCCCUAGUGACAGGUCACGUCCAGGGGCUGCCCACGUACAGGCUCGAUGUGGGACCUCUCGGCAUCUUUGAGGCAGGAUGAGUAUUUUGGGGGGAGGUCAGAGUGCAGGAAGAGUUGAGAGCCAGGCCAGGGGUACCUACUCCCCUCCACCCUGCGGGAGGAGGGGGCUGGGGGAGGUUGUAGGAAUCUGUUUCCCUCCCUCCCUGUGCCUGGGGAGCUCCGUGUGGUGUAAUAAACUCUGGCCAGAGGGUCAGAGGUCAUGGGUUGUGGCUUUGACUGUCACCCACUAGCUUCAGUGACACGUGACUUCCGCUUUCUGGGCCUCCGUUUGGCACUUGGGGCUCUUCUCUCUCAAUUUCUUGGGGGCUGUUGACAGAAGACAGACACACAGACGGGGCUGAUGGCCUGAGCCUCCCUGCUCUCACGGGUGAGGGGGCGGGGAGGGAGGAACAUGUUUGCACUCGAUGUCCCUGCUCCCAGCCCCUUGCCCACCAGGUCCAGGAUCAGCUGGUUGGAUUUUGCAACUAAUUGUUCUUUUCCUGCCUUCUCUCCUCCCCAGGACCCCCCUUCUUGCCCUUUGAAUUCCAUGUGGUCAAAGUUCUGGGGCCCAGAUUCUGGGGGGCCCAGGAACUGCUCCCUCUGUUCCCACACCCUCUCUCCAGCUUUGCUGUUUCUCUGCUACCUAAUCUCAGCGACUGAGAAGGACUUUGUGUCCGAGCCAUGGCCCCAGGCCGGCCCCCUGCCCCACCCCCUUCUCCUGUUUGGACGGCCGUCUCCUGCUGAGUGACCACUGCUGCGACACCUCCAGGGUGCCCGGUAUUCUGGUGGGAGGCUGCGGUGGGUUCCGGUGGGCUGCGCUUCCCGGCACCCGGCUGGUCUGGCAGAGGCCAGGCCUGUUCCGGUCCGGCUGCCAGGCGCACUCACCGCGGGACAGGCGUCCUCCUCCCGCCACUUGCUGCCAGCACUUGUGCUCAGGGCGUCAGCCCCUUCCUUCUGGUGUGUUUUUCUUGAGUCCUUUUACUUACUUCCCUUGCCUCAUUCACAAAAAGAAAUGCCCCGAAAGUUUCAUUUUUCUUGUUUUCUGGGAACACCUGUAGCGCGGGGUCCAACCAGAGAUGCUGUGGUGUGUCUAGCAUCCCCGGGCCCGCGCCCGCGCCCACCGUGCCGGUCACGGAGAAGAAGCUGGGCAUGGGUCCCGGGCUGCCCGCCUCUAACGUUGGGCAGGUCAGGCCAUCCUCCCCUGAGCCUUGGACUCCUUAUCUUUUUGGAAAGGGCUUGGGCCAGACCUUCUCUAAGGACGGCUCCGAGCCCAUGAGUUUUCGUGGAAGAGAGCGAGCUGGCAGUCAGAGCCUGGAGGACGGAAGUGGUACCUCGCUGGCAUUUAUCACGUUCUUUUCUCCUUCUCUUUUUAAAAAUAAAACCAGCUUCUGUUCUGAAAAUAAAAAACUUGAGACUUGUGA